AUGCCUACUUCCAGUACACUAAAAGUAGAGCCCUUGACCAUUGAGGAUACCUCCGACAUUACGAACCUCUUCUUCGCAGCAUUUACGGGCCCCCAGAUACGAAGAGUCUUUCCCGAUACCCCGAGUGUUCGCAAAUGGCUGGAAGACGCUAUAACCAACGACAUCAUCAACAAACCCUUCCAGCGAUAUUUGAAAGUUGUGGAUACCGAAUCAAAAGAUGACCAGGGCCGACUGCGAAUAGCCGCCUAUGCGAAAUGGGAUUUAUCGAUGCCUGACGAACGCGGGCAGCGCUUCCCGCCUUGGCAUGAAGACAUGCCUAGACAGCUUUGCGAGGAAUUCUUUGACAGAGAGGACAAGAAUAGGAAGCGUGUGAUGGGUGAUAGAAAGCACUUUUAUCUGGACACGCUUGCAACACAUCCAGACUACCGAUGUCGAGGAGCUGGCUCCAUGCUUGUCAAAUGGGGAUGUGACCUAGCGGAUGCUGAGAAAGUUGAAGCUUACGUGGAUGCUAGUAAAGAGGGCGCACCCUUAUACGCGAAAUUUGGAUUUGUGGAUUACAGCAACCCUGGCGAAGAUAUCGCCUCUAUGGCUCGGCGAUAG